AUGCUGCCCAUUCCACGAACACCCAAAAACCCAACAAUAUUCCAUUUCAUUAAAAAACGCACCAAAACCUAUUCUAAAACCAAUUUUAAGUUACCUAUUCUGAACUCGUUCAAAUUUAAUUCAUUUUGUACCACUAAUAGCAACGGAUUUCACGUUAAUUCGUCUUGUACCCAUAGCAAUCGCAAUAGAAUUCACGUUAACAAUAAAAAAUAUACGCGUAAAUUUGUCACCGCUACCUCGACAAUUCACUCCUACCCUACAGCAGCAACCACAAAGAAAACCCUUGCGGACAGAAAAUGGGCCCGUUACUUAUUAACACUUAUACCAAUAAUAACGUUCGGACUCGGGACGUGGCAAGUACAGCGUCUACGUUGGAAAAUGGGACUUAUUAAUGAAGCGCAGGAACGCAUAUCAAAACCACCAAUGAAGCUGCCUAAGCACAUAAAUCUUGACGUCUUAGACGAACUAUCGUAUAGACGUGUUUACGCGACCGGACAGUUUCGUCACGAUCAAGAGAUGUUGUUGGGAAUACGACAUCACGAUAAUAAACCGGGAUAUUUCGUAAUUACGCCGUUGGAACGGGAAAAUGGGUCUACGGUUCUGGUUAAACGCGGCUGGAUAUCAAAAGAAAAGGCUGAUCCUGCUAUAAGGCCAAAGAGCCAAGUAAAAGGAAUCGUCUCAGUGGAAGGAUUAGUGAAGAAAUCCGAAAAGAAAAAUUGGGCUAUCCCCGAAAACAGUCCAGACAAAAACCAAUGGCUCUGGACAGACGUGGAGACGAUGGCUGAACGUACGGGCGCGCAACCGGUGUUAAUUGAGCAAUCUCUAGAUGUACCGCACUACGUAACUAACACAAUGAUCGAUGAUGGAAUCCCAAUCGGUAAAUUACCACAAGUAGAUUUUCGAAAUACUCAUUUAGAGUAUGCCAUUACAUGGUACUUAUUAAAACCGCCUCCUGGACAAGUGAAACGACAACAGAUGUUGGGUUAA